AUGCAAACAGCAGAAAGAUCUCCACGAUAUUACACAACAGACGUAAUAUGCUCGAAAAUUUCAUGUAGACGCUUUGUCGCGCAACGCACAGUCAUUUCCGCUUCACAAUCCCCAACUCUUUUAGACAUUCCAAGCGAAGAUGUUUCAUCCGCCAACACCCCACUCACUUUGGAAUCAAAUUUUGAAAUCAUUAAAAUCAUGGAAGAACCUCCAAACAUUUCAAAUGAUAAGGGUAUCCCAAUUGAUUUUCUUUUCGGAAGAAGAGACCAUCCGCCUCUUCCAGAAGUUGCAACAUUGUCUUCUAUGUAA